GAUCCGUCCUCGCCGUCGGUCGGCCACGGUCGGCCACCUCGCUCGCUUAUAUCCAUAUUGCGCGUGGACCGACGCACCGCGCAGAUCCCCACGUGUCCUACGACGUUGCGACGCGACGAUCACGCUACCGACGUGAUCGCUGCACGUGCUCGCCGCGUCGCCGUCGCCAACGUCGUAGUGCCGCUCCGAGCAUCGCGGUUGACCAUGACGCGUCCGUCGCUCUUUCUCGCCAAGAUCCCCUCGCCUGAUCUCCACCCCAUUCUCUCCUCUCCCCCUGCACGUUUUCCUCGAAAGUCGCAUUACUCGCACCGCGAACGACCCUCCUGUUGUCUGCGUCUGAUAAUCACGCGUCCGGAUACCGCAAUUUGUCUCUCUCUUCCCGUGCAAGAUAACGAUUUAGAGAUUAUCCUGCUGGAAUGGCAGCAGGAAGUUUUGCUUGGUGCAGCACAGCUGGACGAUAUGUGCAGUCCCCUCUGUGUAAAAAUAUCUGUAAAUCACCAGCUGGGAAAUAUUACGUACCAUCAUGACAUCGAGAUUGGAUAGACUGUUUAUAUUGCUGGAGACUGGGACAAAUUCAGUGACUAAAAGAGCAGCUGCCCAGCAGCUGGGGGAAGCGCAGAGAUUACAUCCCCAUGAUCUGCAUCACUUAUUAGCAAGAGUCUCUACAUUAUUGAAGUCUCCACAGUGGGAUACUAGAGUAUCGGCAGCUCAUGCUGUACAAGCUAUACUCGCGCAAGUUCCACCAUGGGAUCCGAAACCGAUCCAGAGAGAAGCCUCCACAGUAACAGAUAUGUUGGAAACACCAGGGCAGAAACGCAAACCUUCUACCGUCAGACUCAGUUUAGAGUCCUUCGACAUGGGCAACGUUCUGGCUCACAGUUCACAUCUCACUGGAUCGGAGGGCAGCGAGUACGAUUUAGUCAUAUCAGAUGGAGAACAGUUGUCACUUCCAAAUCAACAAGAAAAAAUAGCUGCUAAACUGGGUUUCCAUCCGCGUCUGAUGGGCGUCGAUACCGCUGACUUGUUCAGCGUCGAGGAUCUGAUGCCAGUGCAGUCGCCGACGCAAACCAUGACAAUGCCAGUCGACGAGACUCUGAAACAAUCGCAGGGAUUGAGUAGAAGAGAAAUGAACCGGGCAAAACGCAAGGCACGGCAGUCAGUAUCGAAGCAGCGCUCGCGCGAAACAGACGAGCACCGCGUGAACGAGGAUCAUUCAAAUACAACGGGUGUACGAUCACCCGUAGAUAAUGAUGGUGAUAUCCCGAUCAAGAAAUUAAAAUUAGAGGAAGUGAUCUCAUCAGACGCCGGAUCGAAAUCCAACGCGACCAGCGAGCAAGUAAGCGGAGUACCAGACGGAACCGGAUGCUGGCCAGACUCCGUCUUAGAGUGGCCCUUGGAAUCCUUUGCCGAAAACCUACGUCAGGAUUUGUUUAGCCAGAAGUGGGAAGUACGUCACGGAGCGGCAACAGCGUUGCGCGAACUCAUAAGGCUCCAUGGAAAAGGCGCGGGCAAGUCGAGGGAUCAGACGUCAGAAGAAAUGGAAAGGAGUCACCACGAGUGGUUGAUCGACGCCGCGCUUCGUUUGUUGUGCGUGCUGGGUCUGGACAGGUUCGGUGAUUUCGUUUCUGAUCAGGUUGUCGCGCCAGUACGGGAAACGUGCGCCCAAGCGUUAGGCUCGCUUCUGAUGUUGGUGCCUAACGAGCCGCACGAGAAUACGAACGGUAUUUUCCAUGGGAUACUCUCUGUGAUGCUGAAGCUUUUGGCGCACGACGAAUGGGAAGCCAGACAUGGCGCGUUACUCGCAUUGAAAUAUUUGCUGGCCGUACGAGAUGAUCUGCUGGACCAGGUGUUGCCGAGAGUGUUCCCCGCCAUCAUGCAAGGCCUGUCCGAUCCGGUGGAUGACGUGGGCGCGGCUGCGGCAAGCGCACUGAUACCUGUAGCGUAUGCUCUACCCCGAUUAUUGAAACCGGUGGAGUUGGAGGCGGUCGUAACACGCCUCUGGCAGUUAUUGAAAGAGCAAGAUGAUCUGGCCGCGGCUUGUAACACCUUUAUGGGUCUUCUGGCUGCGAUACUCUCACUGCCGGCAGCACGCUCCUCUUUGACGCCGCAACCAUUGUCGCAGGUGCUGCCACGUUUGUGGUUGUUUCUCAGUCACUCGAGUUCGAACGUACGUAAAGCCACGCUGCAAACAUUGCAGACGUUGACCGGUGACGACGAUCAAAGCGAAGACAAGAAGGAACGCUGGGGCGAAGGAGGUGGACUGAUCUUGCAAGAGGCGCUGCGACAUGUAUUCCAGUGCGUGCUGAUCGAGCACAUCACCGCGAUACAGGACGUAGCCGAGCGCGUUUGGGAGAAUCUAGUCGUACAUAGUGAUCUCGAGCUGUUGUUGCAUGCGGCCUGUCCUCAUGUCAGCACGUGGCUCUGCCUCGCCAUGCAGCCGGAAAAUGUGCCAUUCAAUCCAAACCUGUUGAUGACGAUCGUCAGCACCGCUAAAACCGCGAAGAAUAAUCAAACUGCUUCCCACUGUGACGGUCAGGUGGAUUCUAGCAACAGCGCCGGCAACAGUAACGUCAGCACUAAAUCCGAGCUAAAAGUAUACAUCGGUGGAAUCGAGACGGUCGCGCUGAACGUACGAAAAGCGAACGUAGUCCAGGCACGUUGCAGGGCGUCCCGUAUGCUCGGAUUGCUGUCGCAUUAUGUCGUACAACCGGCACCAGGCGUCGUUUAUCCGCCAGACGUACCCAGCCCAGCGCUCUGUUACGCCAAGGUGUUACUGGCACAUCUCAAUUCGCGAUCGGCGCUGCAGCGCACGGUCGUCGGACUCACGAUGUCGUACUGGGCGACCGUGGACUCGUUGAAGCCGCCCACGAUACCGGACAUACUCAGGGAUAGAUUGCUAUCUUGUUUGAACGAAUGCGUGUACUACGACGAAAUUGCGGGCUCGUUCACUCGAUUGUUGCACGAGAGUCGCGAUUACAUCGCAACCUUGAAGCACUACAAACUACCAGUACCAGUUGACGCGGAUUCAUCCGGCGUGAUGACUCUGGAUCAAAUCGCAAAGCUUACUGGAAAAACUAUACCUGUCCUGUGCGCUGGAAACACGACAAACGCGAGUACAGCUGGCAGCAUCAGCAGUGGCUCGACCGCCGUCAAAUUGAAACCUAAAUUGAUAGAGAAUCUGGAGCAGCGGAGGCGGGCAUUGGAGGUCGGAGUGGCCGCGACGGCGGCGCAGCAACAGUCAUUGCACGUUAUGUCAAUGGCUGCACUUGCUGGUGCCGCUACGAUGUUACAUUGCCUGCCCGAAGCUCCUCAGCCACUCAAUCCGCUGGUGAAACCAUUGAUGGAGGCUAUAAAACGUGAGGAGAACGAAGAACUACAAAGACUGGCUGCGAAACACUUGUCGCACUUGGUCGAUCUUUGCGUCGACAGGAAACCCUCACCUAAUGCAAAGAUUUCCACGAAUUUGUGUACAUUCCUAUGCUCCGACGUUGAAUUCACCCCUCGGGUACGUUGCACCGGCGACAACGACGUUUACGACGGAAUACUUACUCUGAAUAACAAGCAAAAGCACGCCGAGAGAGUAACAUACAAUCGCGGCUUAAAUAGUGGACUGGGUAGCAGUAGAGGACCUGGUAGGCCGCCUGCAACUGAGAUUCCUCUGGAAGAGUUACUUGCCUGCGAAGAACCGGAGGCUAAAGCCGCCAGAAUGCGACGUCGCGGUGCUACGUUAGCAUUAACAACCAUAGCUACUCUCUUUGGUGCUCAAUUACCGAAACGCUUGCCUCACCUGUGGGAGCUGAUUUUGCCAACCGUACUGAAAGACGUGAACGGUACGGGCCAGGACAAAGUUCAGGAAGAGGAAGGAAAUCAAUUGACAUUUGCAUUACAAGUCUUGGAAAUCAUGGCGCCCAGUCUGGAUAAAUCUCUAUUACCACCUGCGCUGGAGUGUUUACCGCGUUUAUGCAAUUUAUUGACACAUUCGUACAAGGCCGUCCGGCACAUGGCAUCGCGAUGCAUAGCUACAUUAGCCACUUUGGAAACGAAAAAGACGAUGGUGCACAUAAUACGUAGCGUCAUACCGCUCUUGGAGACGACCGGCGGUGAAAAGAAAUGCUCAUCGGGUGUAAUAGCGCCCAGUGAGGUCGAUUACGUGCGUCAGGGCGCGGCGGAAGCUUUGAGUUGCAUCGUCGAAAGCUUGGGCGUGCACGUAGUACCGUACGCCGUGCUAUUCAUGAUACCCUUACUUGGGCGCAUGAGUGAUCAAAAUCAAGCUGUGCGGCUGGCUUGCAGCGGAACGUUCGCCACCCUUGUACAACUACUGCCACUUGAUCCCGGUGCAAUUGCAGAUCCACCGGAUUUAGUGCAAGAGAAGGCGCAAGAGCGAAAGUUCCUGGAACAGCUCCUGAAUACCCGUAGUAUCCCCGAUACCGAGCUACCGAUUUCCGUGGCGGCGGAGUUGCGCUCUUAUCAGCGCCAAGGCUUAAACUGGCUCAAUUUCCUGAACCGUUAUCAUCUUCACGGGGUGCUCUGUGACGAUAUGGGUCUCGGGAAAACGUUGCAGACUCUAUGCAUAUUAGCGUUGGACCAUCAUCGCAAUCCGCAGGCCUCAACCAGUCUGGUCGUGUGUCCACCGACUCUCACUGGUCACUGGGUAUACGAAGCCGAGAAGUUCUUCAAGUCGCAAGAUCUAUCGAUCAUCCAGUACGCCGGCAUUCCACAGGAACGCGAGAAGCUACGUCCCCGAGUAUCGCAUUAUCGACUCGUUGUCGCGAGUUAUGACAUAGUGCGGAAGGACAUCGAGUUCUUCGAGACGCAUCAAUGGAAUUACUGCGUGCUCGACGAAGGCCACGUGAUAAAGAACGGGAAGACGAAGAGCGCCAAAGCCGCGAAGCGACUGCACGCCAAUCACAGGCUCAUAUUGUCGGGUACGCCUGUACAGAACGACGUGCUCGAGCUGUGGUCACUGUUUGAUUUUCUCAUGCCGGGAUUUCUUGGCAGCGAAAAACAAUUUGCUGCUAAGUAUUCCCGUCCCAUCCUCGCGUGUAGAGAACCAAAGGCGGGGCCAAAGGAACAGGAAGCUGGCGCUUUAGCCAUGGAAGCUCUCCACAGACAGGUACUGCCGUUCUUAUUAAGACGAAACAAGGAGGAUGUGCUACAAGACUUACCACCCAAAAUCACGCAGGAUUAUUACUGCGAUCUGUCACCCUUACAACGUAUACUUUACGAAGACUUUCGCAAUCGCCAUUCAGCUACUUUCGGUACAUCAGGAUCUUCAUCUUCGAAUGAUCAUCAAAGCGGUCAUGUGUUCGAGGCGUUACGAUAUUUGCGCAAUGUAUGCAAUCAUCCUAAGCUGGUGCUAAAUCAACGGCAUCCGCUGUAUCAAACGGUAGGGGAUAUGCUGAAGCAGCAGCAAAGUACUCUGGCGGAGAUCGAACAUGGCGCUAAACUACCCGCUCUGAAGCAAUUGCUGUUAGACUGCGGUAUCGGGCAGCAGCAACAGCAGCAAGCUCGCAACUCGGCGGCCGCAAAUCUCACGGAAACUUCUCAGAGCCAGCAAUUGGUCAGCCAACAUCGCGCGCUGAUUUUCUGUCAAUUGAAGGCAAUGUUGGAUAUCGUAGAGAAGGAUCUACUGCGCACGCAUCUGCCGACGGUGACGUACCUGCGUCUGGAUGGUAGCGUACCGGCGACACAGAGACACUCGAUCGUGGCGCGCUUCAACGCCGACCCUUCGAUAGACGUCCUCCUGUUGACUACGCAAGUAGGCGGCCUGGGAUUAAAUCUGACCGGGGCGGACACCGUCAUAUUCGUGGAACACGACUGGAACCCGAUGAAAGAUCUCCAGGCAAUGGACCGUGCGCAUCGCAUAGGCCAGAAGAAGGUGGUAAAUGUAUACCGGCUGAUCACUCGGUCAACGGUGGAGGAGAAGAUCAUGGGGCUGCAAAAGUUCAAGCUACUCACCGCGAAUACAAUAAUAUCGACAGAGAACACCUCUUUGGACACAAUGGCUACCGAUCAGUUGUUAGAUUUAUUCUCGUUGGACAACGGGAUGGAAAGGAAGCCGGAUCGUCACGAGGAUGCAUCGUCGCUUCCGGGCUUACCAGGGAUCAGUCGUACCAUACUGGACAUCCUGCCAGAACUCUGGGAGCAGCAGCAGUACGACGAUGAAUACGAUCUCGACUCAUUUUUGUCCACUCUGAAGGCUGAUAGCCAGUAAGCUUAAGUACCUCGAUAGAUCGUCGAAUAUAGAUUAGGAUGCAUCAAGAUCAUAUAUCAUUGAACGAUAUUGAUAUAUUGAGCAUUAUUACAGAGAUCAGAUCUGGUUGUUAGGCUCUUGAUUAAUAAUUUUUGGAUUAUAUUUUAUAGCAUAUCCCAGUGAGCAAAGAAGGUUAUGUAAUUAAGAAAAAAAAA